CUUUCAUCGGCAUGAACCAAUGGUUUUCAAGUUCAACAAAGCAAACACAAGUACAGGAGUCGGCGUCCACCGUCUUUACUACAGUCGGCAACUCGAUUACUCUAUCUGUGUGGAAGAUAGAGGCGGAACCCUAGCUCCGCUCAGCUCAGUCGGAGAAUCUCGCCGGAGCCCUGAUUUUUAAGAACCCUAGCUCGCAGAAGAGCGCAAUAUGGGGAAGAAGCAACACAGCAAGGACCGUAUGUUCAUCACGAAGACGGAGUGGGCCACCGAAUGGGGCGGCGCCAAAUCCAAAGAAAUUCGGACCCCUUUCAAACGUCUCCCCUUCUAUUGCUGCGCUCUCACGUUUACCCCUUUCGAGGACCCAGCGUGCACAGAGGAUGGCAGCGUCUUCGAAAUAAUGAACAUAAUUCCGUACAUCAGGAAGUAUGGGAAGCAUCCCGUUACAGGUGCUGCGCUCAAGCAAGAGGAUCUCAUCCCACUGGUGUUUCACAAGAAUUCCGAAGGGGAGUAUCACUGCCCGGUGUUGGACAAGGUUUUUACAGAAUUUACCCACAUAGUUGCUGUAAAGACAACAGGAAAUGUGUUCUGCUAUGAGGCAAUCAAAGAACUAAACCUUAAGACUAAGAAUUGGAAGGAGCUUCUCACUGAUGAACCAUUCACCAAGGAAGACCUAAUAACAAUUCAGAAUCCGAAUGCACUUGAUGGCAAAGUUCUCUUGGAUUUUGAUCAUGUCAAAAAUAGUCUGAAAGUCGAUGAUGAAGAACUAAAAAAAAUGGAGUCAGACCCCACCUAUAACAUAAAUGUGACGGGGGAUAUCAAGCAAAUGUUGAAGGAGCUUGGAACUGAGAAAGCAAAGGAAAUUGCAUUGCUUGGAGGAGGUGGAAACAAGGCACAAAACGAAAGAGCAGCUGCUCGUGCUGCCAUUUUAGCUGCAAGAGCACGCAUCAAGGACAACCAAAACGAUAGCAUAAAUGCCAAGCAAGCCUUCAGUAUUGUAGAUGCUGCAUCUGCUUCUGUACACGGAAGAAGUGCUGCUGCAGCAAAGGUUUCGUCAAGUGAUAAAACUACGGCCAGGAUAGCCAUGCACAUGGCUGGUGAGAGGGCCCCAGUUAAUGCAAAGAUGGUAAAAAGCCGUUUCACAACUGGUGCUGCUUCACGAUCUUUCACUUCUACCUCCUAUGAUCCAGUUACAAAAAAUGAAUUUGAAUAUGUCAAAGUUGAGAAAAAUCCCAAGAAGAAAGGCUAUGUUCGGCUAACUACCACGCAUGGAGAUUUGAACAUUGAGCUGCACUGUGAUAUAACUCCUAGGACAUGUGAGAAUUUCAUCACUCUCUGUGAACGUGGCUAUUAUAAUGGAGUAGCUUUCCAUAGAAACAUACGGAACUUCAUGAUUCAAGGUGGUGAUCCUACUGGCACUGGAAGAGGAGGCGAAUCUAUAUGGGGAAAGCCUUUCCAAGAUGAAUUAAACUCCAAGUUGGUUCACUCUGGAAGGGGUGUUGUUAGUAUGGCAAACAGUGGCCCCCACACAAAUGGUUCACAGUUCUUCAUCUUGUACAAGUCAGCAAAUCAUUUGAACUUCAAACAUACUGUUUUUGGUGGAGUUGUCGGAGGCUUGACUACCCUUUCAGCAAUGGAGAAAGUUUCUGUUGAUGACAAUGACCGGCCUCUGGAAGAGAUUAAAAUAAUUACCGCAGAAGUUUUUGUCAACCCUUACACAGAUGAAGAUGAGGAAGAGGAAGAAAAGGCUAAUGAGGAGAAGGUUGCUGAGGAUGAAGAAAAUGACAAGGUUGGGUCAUGGUAUAGCAAUCCAGGUACAGGAACAAUGGAAUCUGGAUCUGAAGGUGGCGGAGUUGGGAAGUAUUUGAAAGCAAGAACCACACAGGCUGAAACCAUCACUGCUCUUGACAAUGGUGUGUCAGGCAUUGCUGCAGCAAAGAAAAGGAAAGUAGGUGUAACAACCAGAGAUCUCAAAGAUUUUUCUGCCUGGUAAGCCUACCGUAAAUUUUGUACAAUUUGUAACUUGAAAUGUGAGGGGGCUUAUGCCAGCAGUGUAACACUUCCAUCUGAGGGGCAAUGAUAAUGAAGAAAGGAAAGAGAUGAUUUUUAAUUGAAUCACUACACUUUACUUGUAUACUGUAUUGUACAUGCAGUGCAUUUCUGUCAAAAUGUGUUGGGAAUUCUUUUAAUUUAAAUAUUUCUCUGAGCUAAG